AUGCCAACACUUCAAUCACACAAUCCCAUCAAAGACAUCCAUCUCUCCACCCAUCUCUAUCAAAGUCAACACUCAACAACCUCGCCACUCCCUAUCAUUCACUUGCUCCAAGAUCUGAUCCACCACGACGAAACCUUCCUCGUCACAAAAGGCACAGUCCGCUUCCACGCCCUCAACGGUGCAACGAUCGACGCCAAAGCCGGCGACUACGUGACCGUCCCGACGCGGUCGCCACAUACGUUCAGCAACCCGUACGACGAAGAAGCGGUUUUCUUCAACACAUACACGCCGGCGUUCUAUAUCAACUAUUUCAAAUUGCUGGCCAAGAUGGGCGAGGCUGGGAAACCGAUGGAUCCGGAGGCGAAUAGGAGGGGUAUGGCUUACUUCGCCACGAUCGGUGUCGCCGACGACGAGAUGCAAAUGGACAAAUCGCAAUUUUACGCCGAGCCGGAAUCGAAGUCGGCGGAGAAGUGA